AUGACUACUCACCGGAACCCGAAGGGAACAACCAUGUCAUCGAGAAGGGAGAUGAAGAAAAUCAUCUACGACUUCUUCUCUGAUUUCUUCGACAGCCAUGUUAACUUGCUUCCUCACCGUCUGAGGGAAGACGGACAAGUCAUUCCAGAGGUUCUCUUGUCCGAAAUACGACUUGUUAUCACGUCGGUAAGAAGUCGUACGGCACCCGAUCCCGACAGAAUAAGACCAGAACACCUGAAGAACCUUCCGUCAGUACUCAUCAACACCCUGGCAAGGCUCUUUACACGUUAUCUGUCGGAAUGCAAGGUUCCUAAACAGUGGAAGACCAGCAAGACCGCGUUGUUGUAUAAAAAGGGAGAUCCACAUGACAUCGGCAACUAUCGCCCAAUCUGCUUACUGUCCGUCAUCUACAAGCUCUUUACAAGAGUAAUCCUUAAUAGGAUUGCAAACGUCUUGGAUGAAGGACAGCCAUGCGAGCAAGCACUGUUUCGAAAAGGAUUCAGCACGAUUAACCACAUUCACACUGCUUCGAAACUCAUCGAGGUAUCACGAGAGUACAAGAUACCGCUCUGUCUCGCCUUCAUUGACUUAAAGAAGGCCUUCGACGCAGUUGAGAUGGAAGCGGUCGUGGAAGCCUUGGACAACCAUGGCAUCCCUGUGCAGUACAUAAAGGUACUUCGAGAGUUGUACAGCAGCUUCACGACCGGAAUUUCGUCAUUCUACAAGAAUAUCGUCAUUGACGUGAAGAGGGAGGUCCGACACGGUGAUACAAUCUUACCCAAGAUAUUCACAGCCACCCUCGAGAACGCAAUGCGAAAGUUGGAAUGGGACGACAUGGGAGCGAAGGUUCAUGGUCGAUGGUCGGAUGACACCGUUCUGAUAACAUCUCGCACCAACAAAGCUGAACGAAUGCUAAUCAAGUUCGACGAAACAUGUGGAUACAUCGGUCUUCAGCCGAAUCUGCAAAAGACAAUGUUCAUGUGCAACGGAUGGGUCUCGGAUGCCCCAUUCACGCUCAACGGAACGAACAUAUCCGAAUGCACCAGCUAUGUUUAUCUGGGUCGGGAAUUGAACAUGAUGAACAACAUGACAUCCGAGCUGGGCAGGAGGAGACGAGUGGCUUGGGGAGCGUAUAAGAGCAUCGAGGAUGUAGUGAAGAAGACCAGGAACACCCGGCUCCGUGCUUACCUCUUCAAAACCACCGUACUUCCUGCUUUGACCUAUGCUUCGGAAACUUGGGCAUUUCGCGAGCAGGAAGAAAAGCGGUAA